GCACUUCGCAAUGACUUGAACAUGGAGCCAGUGGAUCAGCAGGCUCGUGCCGCGAUUGCGGCGGUGGUCUCGGCUUGGGAAUCAUGCCGCGAGUACUCAGCAAAGCAGAGCGAGCUUAAGGCGGAGGCAAGGGUGAUGGGAGUUGUCCGGCCCGUCACUCAGACCGAGAGACAAGCAAUGCGCAGCGCCUUCGAGCAAGCUUACGGUAGUAUUGAAGAAACGGUGGAGCCCUCCGAUGAUUACAUUUCUUCAAAGACUGAGGAGAUAGAGAGUGGGGAAGUGGUGGCUUCGGUUCUCUCUGAGGUCACGUCGAAGCGGAGUGCGCGGACAAUGGGCAUUCAGACCACUGUGGACACCACGGGCCAUGUGCGUUUGAUCAAGCAGAAGAGCAAGGGCGACAUGCCACAGAAUACAGAGCAGCUCCGGACAACUUUGAGGAUUGAGGGAAACAUGUGGUGCUUCUUGGGCACUAAGUACAAGAACAAGGUCUUCUUCCAGGGCAUGACGCCUGAGAUUUGGCUCACCUACUCCAACUACUUGCUCGGGGAGAAGUGCUAUCUUAUGCAGGUGCCAACCCCAGGAAAGGGCAAGGGCAAGACGGAUCUUUCGGCCCUCCGUCCUCCAUGGAUCGUUGUCUUGAACUAUGAAUAUGAGAUGCGUCGAGAAGCAGUUAAAAGAGCAAGCCGUGAAAGUCGUUCUCUGCAUGAUACUCUCAUGGAGGUGAUGAAAGAUUUCCAAUUGAAAGAGCAGUACUUUACGGCUCCCAUCGCCCUCUCUGCCCGAGAAUCAUCUCCUUGGAAGAGGCAGCAGUUCUGGGAUCAAGACGAUAACAACAAAUGGCAGAAGAAUGACGGCAAAGGCCCAUGGAGAGGAAGAGGAAAGAAUGGAAAGGGGAAGAAGGGGGAGAAGGGCGAGAAGGGCGACAAGGGUCCGCGGCUGCUAUGGACCGCAUCCAACGUGGAAGCAUUGGCAG